UAUUUGUAAAUUCGAUUUGUCACGAUGUUUGCGUGCGCAAGCUGUAAGCUCAAACAUACGGAUGGACCAGUUUGCAGUGCUUGUAGGUUGCAGUAUGAUUUUGGUUGUGCCGGCAUCUCGGAGAAUGGCUAUAGGAAAUUGGGUGAGCGGAAAAAUGUUUGGCGAUGUCCUACAUGCAAGUCUGGCUCGUCACCUUCGCUUACUUCAACCUCCCCUAUGCCUACGCAGUUAGACAGAAUCCAGGAACAGCUUAAUCAGAUUGCUUUCCAACUUGUACCUUUGAAAACUCUUAUAGAAGACGUGAAAAUUAUAAAAACGGAAGUUUCCGAUUUGAAAGUAUCUGUUGAAAUGGCGCACGAUACUAUGGAAAACCUCACGAAGACAGUCGCGGACUUGGAUGCCAGAGUAUCACACGUUGAAAGGAUAGCUGACUUGGUUCCUGCCUUACAGGAUGAGAUUAUCAAAUUAAAUCAGGAUAUUGAGGAUAGGGACCAGUGGGCACGUGCCAAUAAUGUGGAGAUUCGUGGGAUUCCUCUAAAAAAGAAUGAAAACCUCUACGAGUUUGCUCAAAGAAUCGGUGAAUUAUGCGACUACCCUGUUAGGAGGGAGGAUAUAAACUAUAUAGCAAGAAUACCAACUAGAAUUGCAGGUGCGGAGAAAUCAAUUGUAAUUGCCUUCAAUAAUCGGUACAUCAAAGAGAAUCUGGUGGCGUCUGCACGAAAAUGUAAACAGCUGACGCUUUCCAACCUGGGCUUUGCUGCGUCGGGGCCGGUUUAUGUUAAUGAUCAUCUCACUUUGAAGAACAAAACCCUAUUAAACAAAGCAAGAACACUAGCCCGUGAAAAGGAUUUUCGCUACAUCUGGGUGAAGCACUCGAAAAUAAUGGCCCGGAAGUCAGAUACAUCGCCUAUUUUCCUUAUAAAGAACGAAAAAGAUCUAACGAAAAUAAUAUAAGUUAUUACUUUCCAAUAAAAAUCUCAUUGUUUAUUGUCCUCCAAUAUUCAUUUUUCUACACCAAACU